UGCCACUUUCAGGUCUCCUCACACUGCUGGUGGGUUCCAUUUUGUCAUAGGGUGCUGGCAGAUUACGGGCCUCCCAUUGCUGCUGCCAGGCCCGUAAUCUGCCAUGGGCCCCUGUACCGCCUCCUCAUGCUGCUGCCAGGUCCAGAGUGUCUCAUGGGUCCCUGUACGGCCUCCCAUUGCUGCUGUCUCCAUCGCCACACUCUGCCAUGUGCCACUUUCAGGUCUCCUCACACUGCUGGUGGGUUCCAUUUUGUCAUAGGGUGCUGUAUGGCCUCCCAUUGCUGCUGCCUCCACCGCCACACUGUGGCUCCACACUCUGGUUUUGGCCCCGUGACUGCCCAAAUGAGUGAAGUGUGCGGUGAUUCUAAGAUCGACGGCACUCAUCUGCAUGUCAUACUG